AUAUAUAUAUAUAUAUAUAUAUAUAUAUAUAUAUAUAUAUAUAUAUAUAUAUAUAUAUAUAUAUAUAUAUAUUUCCUUACAUCUCUUUCGUUGAAUUCGUCGUAGUUUGCAUCCAAGGAACGUGAUUCAGUCCCAGUUCGUUGUUUAUUGCUUCGGAUUUUCUUCUGAAAGAAUUCAGACUUCUGGCAUCUAGUUAGAAUGCGUGCACCAUCAUUGUUUACACAAUGCUUGCCUGGAUUGGUGCCCCAUGACAGGGUAGCUCAAAGCAUGUCAAUCACAUCUGAUAAGGAGAUGCAUCUGCCUUCAUUUGCUGUUGAGAUUCUACCCUCUAAGAUGGGAUACCCUUACAGAUAUGCUGGAGAAAACAUAGAUUGUCAAGAAGUUAGCCUCUUCAAGGGAAGAGUUAGUGUCUCCGAUAUUAUAAGUUCAGAGUUGAAAUCAUCAAAACCUGAUGCAUCUUUGAAAUCAUGGGAUAGCUCAUUUGAUCUUGUUAACAUCCUUAAGCAUGAGAUUCGUGAUGGACAGUUGAGCUUUAGAGGCAAAAGGGUACUUGAGCUUAAUUGUGGGCAUGGAAUCCCAGGGAUCUUUGCAUGUCUAAAGGGAGCUUCAACAGUGCAUUUUCAAGAUCUAAAUGCAGAAACAAUAAGACGUACAACAAUCCCAAAUGUCAUGUCUAAUCUUGAACAAGAAAGGGAUAAACAAAGCAAACAGCCUGAAAGUCCACUUACUCCAUCAAGACAAAUUCUCUCUCCAACUGUUCAUUUUUAUGCUGGAGAAUGGGAAGAGCUUCCUGGAGUUUUGUCUGUUGUAGAGAAGAAUGUUCUAGAAGCAUCGCCAGUAAUAAACCUUAGUUUCUCAGAAGAUGAUUUUAUCGAUAGAUGUAGCUACAGCAGCCAUGAUGGUGGUAGUAGCAUCAUGGGACAAGAACAUUCUUCUAGAAAGUCAACUGGAAGUAGGGUGUGGGAGAGGGCUAAUGAGAGUGAUGUUGGAGGUGGAUAUGAUGUUAUAUUGAUGACUGAUAUUCCACAUUCGGGAACUUCUUUAAAGAAGCUUUAUACACUCAUUAAAAAGUGCUUGAAGCCUCCUUAUGGAGUAGUAUUCGUUGCUACUAAAAAAAAUUAUGUUGGGUUCAACAGCACAGCUCGACAACUAAGGAGCCUGGUAGAUGAGGAGGGCAUUUUUGGAAAUCAUUUAAUUAAAGAAAUGACGGAUACGGAAAUUUGGAAGUUUUUUCUUAAAUGAACAUAGCAAUUAGUAAGAUUGCUAAUCUUUCAUUUUUUUAUAUCUUUGGUAUAGUUGCAUGUCUAGAGCAUUUUGCUUUUAUAUAUGUUCACUUUAUAAUUUGAUUUAUAGUUGGAAAUAAAUGAUAAUAGGCUUCCAAUUC